CCACAAAUCCUCGGUAGACUAUCAUGUCUAUGCCACUAUCACUUAUCAUAUUUGCAUAUUUUAGUAUUUGUUAUACACAUUUUAUUUCAUAAUUUUACUUUCCCAAUUCCCUAUAGUAGUUAUUACUUAUCCCACGUUACUACUUACUAGCAGCUGUCCGGGUUUCCAGUGCUUUAGCUAUACAACUAUCACCAGGACACUGCACUAGCACAAAACAUACUUAGUGAAAUGUGAAUAGAUAAUAUAGAUUAUAGAAUUUUGAAGAAUUACGACCGAUUGUAUUCAUCAGUUUUAAAAUGACUACCAAAGUAUUUAUUGAAGAACAUUUAGAUAAAUAUCUAAAAAGCUUAGUUAAAGGACAGUUGUUCAUUCCAGGAGUAAUUAUUGGACAAGUCAUAGGUAACAACUAUCAUAUAGUGCAUUUAUCAGCAAUGACCGUAUGGAAUGAUGACAUAGAAAACAAUAAAAUUGAUGUUCUGUCUUUCAAAACUCUUUCUGAUCUUUUAGCCAAUAGUGAUACAAUAUUCCAAAAGUCAUUAGAAGUAGCAACUUUAUUACCAGGAGGUUCACAUGUACUUGGUUUAUUUUUUAUUGUUCCACAAGAUUUAAAAAGUAUUCAACCAAUUGAUAUUGAUUUUCAUGAAUUCAAUAAUGAAUUAAAUGAAAGUUUAUUGUACAAAAAAGCCAAUGAAACAUGGAAUUAUUUAAUAUUAAACUAUUCAACUGUCAAUAAAAAAUCAUAUUGUUACUCAGUUGAUUUUAGCCGUGUAAAAGGUCCUGAAAAAACAACUUAUAAAGCUGUAGAUUCAGUUUUUGGAUCAUUUAAAAAUGAUUGGAUUACGCUUAUAGGAACAUUUAACUUUGGAACAUUAGAUAGACUAAAUGUAGGUGGUGGACCAAAAGCUUUAUUUUCUAUUCGUGAUAGUUUAUUAGAUAAAUUUGAAUCUGUAUUAAAUCAAUCAGUUUGUACUUUUAAUGGGCGUGUAUGUGAUGAAAAUAAAACCUUUAAAGAUUUUGAGUGUGAUGAAAUUGAUAAUGUAUUGAAAAAUGCUGUUAAGGUUGAAUUUUACCGAGAGGUUGAUUUGGGUAAGGAAUGUAAAAAUGCUUCACUUACUGUAAAACGAGGAAAGGGAAAAAUUUCGAUGUCUGGCUUAUGCAGUGUAGUGGUACCAUUUAAUCGCAAUGGUACAAUUAAAGACGCCAUAAAGGCUAUUCAUGAGGAUGCCAUGCAAACAUUUGCAACUCGUUUAAAAAUGCAUUUGGAAUCAAUGGUUGAAGAGGAAUCUCUUGAAGAAGAAGAUGGAGAUGCAAAUAUAGUACAUGAAACUCCACGUCGAAUAUUAAUUUUAAAAACUGAAGGUUCUAGAUUUGCAUUCAGUGAUUAUGUAUUUCCUGGUGAAACUUCUCAAGAAGCACUAAGUGUGGCUGGAGAAAUAUUGAAUCUUCCUGAAGACAAAAUGGAGUUGUAUGAUGUGUUGGAAAAAGGACGGCAUUCAUAUUAUGAAACACUGCCAGACAUUGAUAGUAGUCCACCGCAAGAUGCAAGUAUUUCAUCGCCAAAUAAUAUGUUCAUUUAUUUAACUUGGGCAGCUUUGAUAUUGGCUAUCUUAGCAUAUGCUAUCAAGCAAAUUUUUGUGUGAAUUAAAUUAAUGUGAAGUUAAUUUAACUGUAAAAAAUAACAUUCCCUAAUUUAUUAUUUUAUUAUAUUUUUUUAUUGUUUGUUAUAUAAAGCAUUUAAAUUAAUAACAAAUCUAAAGUGAUUGUUUUAACAAAAUAUACAUGUAUUUAAAACGUUAAGUUUGACUGAACAAAUAAUUAAUAUAAGGCGUUGCACAUGUUUCUUAAACCAUUCACACAAAAAUUAUAUUAAUGAAAAUGUUCUUUAUACUUUCUAAUAUCUAUUUUGAUUUUGAUUGAAUAAAAAUUUAUAAUUAUUUUUAUGUUCAACAAA